AUGGCGCCCCAUGAAGGCAUGGUCCACCUGAAAGAAUACGACAUCAAAGACAGCAAUGUGGAGCUCAUUGGAUCCGAUCUCGACCAUCGUGUCAAGUACAAUUCCGGCGCGACCGAACCCGCGUGGAACAAUGGACAGAUCGGCCAAGAAGCGGGAUUCUUCAUCUGGCGCAUUGAAAACUUCGAAGUUAUCCCUUGGCCGAAGGAGCGAUAUGGCGAAUUCUACGACGGGGACAGCUUUAUCGUGCUGCACUCAUACAAGGUCGGAAAGCAACAGGGUGAGGAGAGAUUAGCCCAUGGUAUAUUCUUCUGGCUAGGCAGUAAGACUACACAGGAUGAGGCCGGGACUGCUGCCUACAAGACAGUCGAGCUAGAUGAGUUCUUACACGGCGCUGCCACUCAACAUCGCGAGACACAAGCGCAGCCUUCCGACGAAUUUCUAUCCCUAUUCCGUCACUACCAGAUCCGGUCCGGUGGUGUGCGUUCUGGGUUUACCCAUGUCGAGCCAGAAGGGCCGAAGGAGAUUCUCACUCUUCUCCGCAUCUUCAAGGACCCCGGUGGUGGCCGUACGAUUAUUGUACACGAGGUGGAACCUACAUGGCAGAGUCUUGACGAGAAGGACGUCUUUGUUCUGGACAAGGGUGAAAAGAUCUGGGUCUGGCAGGGCAAGAGCUGCAGUCCAAUGGAAAAAGCCAAGGCAGCGCAGGUGGUGAAUGACGUGACUCUAGCAAAGCACAUUGACGUGGAAGUUCUCUCGCAACUGGAAUCCCGAUCGAAGAUCAUUGUCGAUCUACUGGGAGGCAAGGAGGUGCAGCAACAUACAUUCCAAGCGCCUCGACCUGGGUCAUUCGCGAAGAGAUCCGUUGGGGUUGAUACCAGUGCUCUCCCUCGUAAACUGUUCCGUCUCAGCGAUGCCUCUGGCCAAUUGUCUUUUGAUCUUGUGAAGGAUGGCGGUCGGAUCAACCAGUCGGACUUUGACGGCAACGACGUCUUCCUUUAUGACGUUGGCAACAGACUUUGGGUCUGGCAGGGCCUCGGCGCCAGUGAGCGCGAAAAGGCGCACUGGCUCAAAGUUGCCCAAUAUUAUGUCCGUCGACUUCAAGCAAGCCAAGAGGACUCCGAGGCAUACCUUACUCCAAUUGCGAAGGUAGUUGAAGGUCACGAAAGUCCAGCAUUUAUGAAGGCCAUUGAGGUGUAG